GCUAGUGCAGACUUAAACUCAGAUACUAACACGUAACACGAUAAAUAGCAAAGGUUCGUGAUAAGAGAAUGCAGUCUUAUCACUAAUAUACCGCCGUUGUCGGAAGAAGAGGGGUUACGAGCUAUGUCACGAAAAGCCCCUCCAAAAGAAAAACUAGUCCGAAUUGAUAGGUUAGGUACGAAGCCGUCACGUACGGCGGGAGCGUCGAGGAGGUCCUAGGUAAGGUCCUAUCCAAGAUAACAGCUCGGGAAUUUCCUAUCCCGGGUAUAAUUCACGACAGUCAGCCGGUAAUUAUCUAAAAAUGGCUUCCGAAAAUAGCGGACGUCUAGCUGGCAAGAAUGCCAUAAUCACGGGAGGCGCAGGCGGAAUUGGCCUCGAGACAUCGAUCCUCUUUGCUAAAGAAGGCGCAAACGUUCUAAUCCUCGAUAUCUCCGCCCCGGCGUUGGAGAAGGCCAAAACAAAGGUGUUACAACUGGUACCGCAAGCUGGUCGGGUAGAAACGAGAGUUUGCGACGUAUCCAAGGAAGACGAUGUAAAGGCGGCGGUCGAAUCUUUGGACUCAUGGGGCGGCCUCGAUGUCAUCUUCAACAAUGCGGGUAUCAUGCACGCCCGAGACGACGAUGCUAUUGGAACCCCCGAGGAGAUAUGGGAUCUCACUAUGUCAAUUAAUGUGAAGGGGGUAUGGUACGGAUGCAAGCACGCUGUCCUUUCGUUGAGGCGCAACAAGAAGACGAAGGGUAGCAUUAUCAACACCGCGUCCGUUGUGGCUCUCGUCGGGUCCGCAACCCCUCAGUUGGCUUAUACCGCAUCCAAGGGCGCCGUCCUGGCGCUGACGCGUGAACUCGCCAUCGUUCACGCCCGCGAAGGAUUUCGUUUCAACAGCUUAUGCCCGGCACCCUUGAACACGCCGCUUCUGCAGGAUUGGCUAGGGGACGACGUACCCAAGCGGAUGCGUCGCGAGAUUCAUUUCCCGACCGGAAGGUUUGGUGAGGCCAUAGAGCAAGCCCGAGCUGUGGUGUUUUUAGCCUCUGAUGAAUCUGGCUUUGUUAACGGCCACGAGAUGGUAGUAGACGGCGGUAUGUCCAAGGCGUACGUCACACCGGAGGGACCACCCUUGCCCGCCCCUACGAACAAUGCUCUCAAGGAUGAGCUAUAGAUUAAGAGCUCCACUGUAGCCACCAUGGGAAAUAAGGAGGACACGUGUUAUGCAUUCCCUGACGACGACGUUGUCUCUUUCAUCGGAUACCUAGGUUAGGUAGGUAUCCUUCGUGAGCACAUUAUGUUUAGAUACUAGCUGAGCAAGCUUUCAGCCGCUUGCUUAGCAGUUAAUGGAACUAGCCCCUUUUGAUUUCCUCUACAAUUCAGGUC